AUGGGUUUAAACGCCAUCAUGCAGUCCACAUUGAGCGGUGCUAAAGACCUUAUACCUUCUCGACUUCGUCGCUCGAGAAAACCUAGAAGAUCCAAUGGAUUUAGAUAUGUUUCAAAUGGAGGGAUCAUAUCACGACGUAGAUCCUCUCGAUUAGAUGACUCUAUCUUUGAUGAUUCUUCCUCGGAUGGAAGUGUCAUUCAUAGGGUCAAUCCAUGGGAAGAAUUUUCAGGAGAAGAUUUUAUCAUGUGUUAUCCCCCUUCCGAGGAUGAUUUGUCAGAAGAAGAGACCAUUUCUCUCAAAUCAUCUUUGAAAGAAGAUGGUAUAAUUUAUAAGGCUCGUUCAAUGGAAGACAUUCCAGAAGAAGAGACUGUGUCUCAUAGUCCCUCUUCAAAAGAAAAGACUGUGUUUUAUAAGGCUCCUUCUGUAGAAGACUUCCCAGAAGAAGAGAUUGUUUCUCAUGGCAUUUCUGCAAAUGAAGAGACAAUCAUUUAUGGCCCAUGUGAGGCCGAGGAAAAUAAUCUUCCCCAAUGUCAAGCCUCCGUUCAGGAACUCGUCGCACACUUCGAGACCCUGAAGGAAGGAUCCUCGGAAUGCCCUGUUUCUGAAGUCUCUAUGGAGAGUCUUACGCAUAAUCUACCCACGGGAAAAUCUUCCACUCAUCACGUCAAUGGCCUUGACGGCCAUGAUGAUUCCAAGAACUCCACAGAGACAAUCAUUCAUAACCCAUCGGAAACCUCCGAGGUCCCUAAGGUUUCACGACGCCAAGAGUACAAGAACAAGAUUCGUCGAUGCCUAUCCUCGAAAUCUCUAUUCUCAACUCGGGAAACCAUGGCACUCUUGAACAAGUUGGAGGAAGAAUCUUCCACUCAUCAUUAUGACCGAGAUGAUUCUAAAGACUCUACGGAGACAAUCAUCCAUAGCCCAUUGGAACCCUCCGAGGUCCCCAGGAUCUCAAGGCGUCAAGAAUAUAAGAACAAAAUUCGCCGAUGCCUAUCAUCGAAGUCACUCUCCUCGACUCAGCAAUUUAUUGCACCAUCAAAAAUAUUGAAGGUAGAAUCCUUCACAAACAAUGUUUACCAGAAGAAGAAAUUCUCCUCCUCUGAUUACUCAAUCUCCAUCUAUUCACAAGAUGGCAUUGACGAGAUCUUCGUAUCUCCAGAGGAGAAACAGUUGAAUGCUUUGCAAGCGAAGCUAUUCAAUCAAGAAUUAGAAUUAAAGAAACUUCGCUCGGAGAACUCGCAGCUUCACAGUGAUCCCACCUCAAAGUCGGUCUCAGAAUCAGCGACAGUCGUUCACAAUUCGUUGGAAAACACCCGGAUCUCAAAUCAUGAAAGAUGCCGAAGCAAGCUUCGCCAAUAUGUAUCUUCAACUCAUGAGCUCAUGGCUCCCCUGAAGGCAUUGCACCCUAGUAACCGAGCAGAGAAGGGCCACGCCAAACGACUAAAUAAGGGACGUCUUGGAGCUUUGGAUAAUACCACAAUAUUCUUUGAAACAGUCCCAUUUGAGUCCACGGAUGAGGCUGAGGCUCCAAUCUUCUAUUGCCCUCGUCAUUUUAGCUGUUCCUGCGAGCCUCAUCCCAGCUGCCCACUUGGGAAGAACAAGAUGGAGGAACAAGCUCUGCCUGCCAAAGAGCAUUCUGGUUUCGAAGUCUUUUCGGCCGAUGAAUAUGAUCUACACAUCAAGGAUUUGUCCGAUGAAUUCCUCGGUAUCAAGUCGCCUGAGCAGCUUCAGCCCGAAAAAUCUUCAUCUAAGGACCACACUGGACACGUCAAUCAUUUGACCGAUGAUCGCCUUGGUGUCACUGGAUUCAACCCCCGAACCGGUGUUUUGGAUUCAUCUGAGGAGCAUAAAACUCCUCGACGAGUCCACUGGGCCAGCACCGAAAAUGGCUGGGAAAGCAGGCCCAUACGCUCCCCAGGAUCCUCGACUGGUGGUCGCAGAGUUCCCAGAAGAUUCGGAAAAAAGAAGCGCGCCGUUGAUUCCGAGAUAACCAAAGAACCCAAAUGUACAAAAGUCUCUGAGCCAGUCAGAGAGCCAGAAUUUGCAGAAGUCGCUGAGCCGGCCAAUGAACCGGAGUGCGCAGAAGUCCUUGAACCACUUACAAAUGCUUGGGGCGAUUUUUUAGCCGAGAGAAAGACCUUGGGCUUGACAGUACGCAACAAGUCCCCCAACAAGUGCAUCACCACGUCCACCAUCACCAUUGGACCAUUGGACGAGAUGAUUCGUGCGGGCUUCGGAUCGCUCGACGGGGUCGACGAUUGA